AUGUCCUCGGGGAGGCCAGUGGAUGGGCCAGGGGGUGGGACAGGAGGCAAGGGAGGUAAGGGGCACAAAGGUGCAUAUAGGUUGAGAAUUGAGUCCUGGAACAUAGGUACAUUGGCGGGUAAGUGUAUAGAGCUGGAAAAGAUCCCGAAGAAGAGGAAAGUCAAUAUAGCGUAUGUCCAAGAGGCUCGAUGGGUAGGAUCGAGGGCGAGGAAUGCAGACGAGUACAAGCUGUGGUACUCUGGAGUCCUGAAGGGUAAGAAUGGUGUAUGUACUCUGAUGGAUAGGGAACUUAGAGAGUCUGUGGUAGAGGUUAGGCAGGUGAAUGAUAGGUUAAUGUCUAUUAAGUUGGUGGUUGGAGAGAGUACCCUAAAUGUCAUGAGUGUGUAUGCGACGCAAGCAGGCUUGGAUAAGGAGGUCAAGAGGCGCUUCUAG